AUGGCGAGUACCCAAAAGCUUGCGGGUGGCAACCACGCAAGCUCAACAUCCAGCCAGAGCGCCCUUAUAAGCAACCAACCCGAAACCUGCAGCUCAAUCCAGACCGCGUCUGAAGUGAAAGGCCCGAAGGCAGCCGAUGAUCCUCCCGAAUCUGUCUACGUCGUCAGCACUGCGGAGAUAGUCGAGCAGGUCAACACAAUUUCGCACUUCAGGCACAAAGAGAUGGACCCCGAGGAGAAUACUCCAAGCUGUCGAAGGCGCUAUCCAUACGAGGAAGAGAUGCAUGGGCGCCCGCCUUCUUCGAGGUCGAGCCGCGUUCAGAACAGACACAAAGAGCCGGUUCAGAUACCCAAUGCGAAAAGCACCAACAGGACCACCUAUUACGUCAGUAAUGCGUUCUCCGGAUUCGAGAUCGAACAUCCUCCUUCCGACGAUGAGGGCGACAAGUUACAAGCCCCCAUAGUACAUGGCGGUAGUCAGGAACCAGUUGCCUAUGACGCCGCUGUGAGCAAAGCAAGCGAGUUUGAUUUGAUGGCAUACACCUUCCUCGAGGACCUUCACUAUAUGAGAGCGGAGGUCAAGUCAAUAUGGCUCAAAUUCCGCAAAGAAGAAGUCGACCUUAAGCAAGCCACAGUUCUGACAUCUAUCUGCUUAGAUCUGUCCGGGAUGCUGAAGAGAAAUCGUGGCUUGAGGCCGACAUCACAGUCAUAG